AUGCUGAUUUUGUCCACAGUCCCGCAAUACGACUUGCACUUCGCUGCUGCCUCGGGAAAUCUUGGACUCGUCGAGUUUGCGCUAGGCCAUGGGCAGCCAAUCAAUUCUGUUCUCAAUGGUGUUCUUCCUCUUCAUGCAGCAUGUGCUGGUGGGAGUGAAGUUGUAGUGAAGUAUUUAAUUGAUGAAGGAGCGGAUGUAAAUGCACCAAGGAUACCACGAAGAUAUUCAAAUGAGAAGCACAAGUCAUCUGGACUGGCGGUUGGUGCGAGCGGUUCAACGCCUCUACAUUUUGCUGCUGCCAACGGACAC